AUGAAAGAAAAAAGAUUGAUGUGGGGUGGGUGGGGUUGUGUAUGUGAGAAAGAGAGGAGACAUUGUGAUGCAUGGUUGGCAGGAAAUCACAUGGACAUUGCAUUUGUCUUGUCAAUUUACACUUUCCAUUUUCUCACUCCUUUUUUUUCUUCCUCUCUUCUCUUCUCUCUUGGGAUUGGGUUUGGUUUUCGAGUGGUGGAGAUCGCAGACAUAACACAUUCACAACCACGUGCUGCAAAACGGCAUUUGAAAGCAGAAACACAGAAUUUGAAUGAGCUGGGAGGCAUCCAUUCUCGGCUACUGGACGCAUCAAUAUUGCACAACUUGUAA